AUGAGAGAUGAGAACUCGAAGAAAAGCAAGUUUUCGUGGCCCAAAACAUUGGUCAAGAAGUGGUUCAAUAUCAAGAGCAAAGGCGAGGACUUUCACGCAGACGAUGUCCUUUGUGGAGGUGUUGAUGAAGAGUGGAGAAGCAACUAUCCAGAGCGGGAGGCAUGCUCUCUCAAGAGAAGCAAAACAGGGAGAUCAAGCAGCAGGAGACACUCGAACAAAUUGCGGCGGGGUAAGGUUGACCUUGAUGCUUCUCAGGUUAAAGACGUGCAUAAUUAUAGGAUCUUCGUUGCUACUUGGAAUGUGGCUGGAAAAUCUCCCCCGAGCUAUUUGAAUCUUGAAGAUUGGCUCCACACCUCUCCACCUGCUGAUAUCUAUGUCCUUGGGUUUCAAGAAAUUGUACCUCUCAAUGCCGGUAAUGUUUUGGGCACUGAAGACAAUGGCCCUGCCAAAAAAUGGCUAGCUCUCAUUCGGAAAACUCUAAACAGUCUUCCUGGAACGACUGGUGGAUGCCACACUCCAUCACCAGUCCCUGAUCCACUUGUAGAGGCAGACGCUGAUUUUGAAGAAUCAAUGAGGAAGAAGGAAACCUCUUUCUUCCACCGGAGGUCCUUCCAAUCCUUAAGUCGCAGUAUGAGAAUGGACAAUGACACGUCACUGUCACAAUCACAGCUCGAUCGCCGUCUCAGUGUCUGUGAUAGAAUGAUCUUCGGUCAUAGGAGUAGCGACUAUGAACCCAAUUAUAGAUGGUGUUCCUCAGAUGAUGAAAAUGGACCUGGUGAUUCCCCUGUUAUAACCCAAUAUUCACCAAUGUCAUACAGUGCUUCCUUCUCUGCAGAGGACAGAGAUAGAUCGACAGGGAACUCACGAUACUGUUUGGUUGCCAGCAAGCAAAUGGUUGGGAUAUUUUUGACAGUUUGGGUGAAAAGUGAUAUCAGAGAUGAAGUUCACAACAUGAAAGUGUCUUGUGUUGGCAGAGGAUUGAUGGGUUAUCUUGGAAACAAGGGUUCCAUUUCGAUUAGCAUGUCUUUGCACCAAACAAGCUUUUGCUUCAUCUGUAGUCAUUUGACUUCUGGACAAAAAGAUGGUGAUGAGCUGAGGAGAAAUUCAGAUGUCCUUGAGAUUCUUAGAAAGACUAGGUUUCCCAGGGUUCACGGCGUGGGAGAUGAGAAUUCUCCUCAGACAAUUCUGGAACAUGACCGAAUAAUUUGGCUGGGGGAUUUAAAUUAUCGGAUAGCACUUUCUUACCGUGCAGCAAAAGCCCUUGUUGAGAUGCGAAAUUGGAAGGCUUUGUUAGAGAAUGACCAGUUGCGUAUAGAGCAGAGGCAUGGCCGUGUCUUUGAAGGAUGGAAUGAAGGGAAGAUAUAUUUUCCUCCCACCUACAAGUAUUCUAAUAAUUCAGACAGAUAUGCAGGUGAUGAAAGACGCUCGAAACAAAAGCGAAGAACCCCAGCAUGGUGUGAUCGUAUAUUGUGGCACGGAAGGGGCCUCCGCCAAUUAUCCUAUGUUCGUGGAGAGUCAAGAUUCUCCGAUCAUAGACCAGUAUAUGGCAUAUUCCUGGCAGAAGUCGAGUCUAUUAACCGAAGCCGAAUCAAAAAGAGCUCCAGUUGCACUAGUGCCAGGAUUGAAGUAGAAGAGUUGUUGCCACAUUCACAUUCUUACAGCUACGCUGACUUGAAUUUCUACUGAUGAAAGU